CAUUUGAUUCGGGUUUGUUUUGCUGAGAAAUCUCUCCGGUUGCAGAAAGAAAAACCGAUUUUGUAAUUGCGACGAGUGAAAAUGUUUUGGUGGUGGCCUGGAAGCAGAAGCAGCAAUUGAACACGGAGUGCAAAUCGUCGGGAAGAAAAAGAAGCCCGGUUGCACUUUUUUGCCACGGAACGACCGCACAAGAUCGAUCAGCAGUGUAAAGAAGAAGGUCAGCCACCACACAAACACGGGAGAAACUCCAAGAAGCGAUGAAAAAGUUCAUCUCCAAGUUCGAAACGAAGAAUGAGGCCACUCCGAGCAAGGAAACCAACAGCUUUGUCGGAAAGACGUUUAAGCUGAGUCGGGACAAUGUGGUCACGGUGGAGGAGGUUUUGGCCGAGGGUGGAUUCGCCGUGGUGUUCCUCGUCAAGGGAUCGAACGGGCAGCGAUUCGCGUUGAAACGAUUGUACGUAAACAACGAACAUGACCUGGGGGUUUGCAACCGGGAGAUAAAGAUCGCCAGCAACCUCAGCGGCCACAAAAACAUCAUCGGAUACAUCGACCACAGUGUGAACCCCAAAGGGAAUGGAGUGCACGAGAUUCUUCUGCUGAUGCCGUACUGCAAGACGAAUCUUCUGACGCUGAUGAAUGCCCGGAUACCGAACGGAUUUAGCGAGCAGGACGUGCUGCAGAUCUUCUGUGACGUCGCGGAAGCCGUGGCCCGAUUGCACCAGUGUCAAACGCCAAUCAUCCAUCGGGACUUGAAGGUGGAAAACAUCCUCCAGAACGACAUCGGCAACUUUGUCCUGUGCGAUUUUGGUUCCGCAACGGCUCGUGUGCUCAAUCCUGUGACUCACGGCCGGACCGUGGUCGAGGAGGAAAUUCAAAAGUACACUACCCUCUCCUAUCGGGCCCCGGAAAUGAUUGACCUGUUCUCCGGCCAGGACAUUACGGUCAAAGCGGACAUCUGGGCGCUCGGUUGUCUCCUCUACAAGUUGUGCUUUUUUACGCUUCCGUUUGGCGAGAGUGCCCUGGCCAUCCAGAGUGGCCACUUUAGCAUCCCGGAUAAUUCCAAGUAUUCUCGCGAAAUGCAUCAGCUGAUCCGAUACAUGCUGGAACCGGACAUCGAGCGGCGGCCAAACAUUUAUCAAGUGUGCGAGGUUGCAUUUAAAAUCGCCGGCAAAACCAAUCCGGUUCGCAACUUGACCAAAUCGACCGUCCCAGCGCUGGAAACACUUCCGGUUCCGCCGCUCGAGAGUGAAACCAAACGCGUUCCAUCUUCAUCCGUCGGCGGAGGCGCCAAAACUCCAGCUAAAACGGUCACCCCGGUCAUCGAGGGCACAUCCGUCGCACCACGCCAGCGUCCCAAAGCCUCUCAAGCGAACGUUAGCAACAGCUUCACGCUGGGACUUCCGCCCAAUCCGUCACCGAAGAACAUCCUUUCGUCGCCGACUCCGGGUGCUACACCGACAACGAUUCCCCAGGAACAGCAACCGCAACCGGCACCAGCACCCGCACAAGUGGAACCAUUCGUGGCCAAGUUCACCGCCAACUUUCCACCACUCUCCGGACAGGAAGCCCAAUCUGGCAACCUGUUCCAAACCACCUACCCGGAUCCGUUCCGGGAAGUUGAAGCCGCCACGGAAGUCGUCGGAGACACCGCCGCAACGCGCGAAUCGUCAACGUCGUCGAUUCUGCAGUCCCCUAGUCACGGUAGCGGUAGUGGAACACCGCACGGAAGUGGUUCCAGCAUGGCCGGUUCGUUGUUACCACCACCGAAACAACCGAGCGUCGCCGCAGCCGUCGUUGGCCACCGGCGCAACAUGAGUGACACUUCGGCGUUCAACAAAGCGUACACCACGGAAACGUCCCAAUUCCUAGCGCCAUACGAUGUCUCGUCCAACAACUACCAACCGGCCGCAUCCGGUUCCGGAAAUGGUUCCGAACAAAAUCUGCACUCGAUUCCGGCUUCGUUUGAAUCGCGCUCGUCAAAUCCUCAGCUGAACCCACCCGUGUCGGCCCAACAGCAACCGUGGAACCCGUUCGGAGAUCCGACCCCGUUCAGUCAAAUGACCGAAGAUCACAUCUUCGGCGAAGAGUUUGACAAAAUCCGAAAGCAAGGUUCUCAGGGCAGCCUUAAAACACCUCCUGAAUCGACCUCUCGUCAUCCUUCGCUUCCGCAGGUUCAGCCGAUCGUUCAACUCCAAUCCGUUGCCCCUCCUCUACCUUUGCAGACCCAGUUUUCCCCGGAGAACAUCCCGGACACGCUCGAGGACGACCCGUUCAGUUCGGCUCCGUUUUCGCUCCCGGUCAAGUCACGCUCGCUGAAGAUGACCUCGAAGCGCAUAAUCGUCAUCGACGGAGGUUUCUCCACGCAGCUGGCAACGCACGUUGGCCAAACUACGCUGGACAAGGAUCCGCUGUGGAGUAGCCGUUACAACGCUACCAACCCGAACGCCGUCAUCGAAACCCAUCUGGACUUUCUCAAAGCCGGUGCCGAUUGCAUCCUGACAAACACCUACCAAGCCUCCAUCGAGGGUUACAUGGACUUCCUCAACCUGAGUGAAGAGGACAGCAUCAAGCUGAUCAAGACGACCGUCGAGUUGGCCAAACUGGCACGCACCCGUUACCUCGCGGAAAAGAUCGAAAACAAAACCCACAAAAUUCCGUGGGUCGUCGGAUCGAUUGGACCGUACGGUGCGCAUCUGCACGACGGUUCCGAGUACACGGGUGCCUACGCGGACACGGUUCCGUACGCGCGCAUCCAAAAGUGGCACCGUCAACGAAUCAACGCCGUCCUGGAAGCUGGCGUCGACGCGCUCGCCAUCGAAACCAUCCCGUGUCGAAAGGAAGCGGAAGCCCUGCUGGAGCUGCUCACGACGGAACAUCCGACGGUGCGUUUCUGGGUUUCGUUCCAGUGCAAAGACGGCGUCAACACUGCCCGCGGGGAAAAUUUCGCCGAAACGUCCGCGGCCAUCUGGAGCCAGGCACGUGCCCUCAAGAAUCCGAACCUGCUGGCCAUCGGCGUCAACUGUUUGCACCCGGUGCAUGCCGUCCAGCUGCUGAAGACGGUCAACGAGCGGCGACCCGACGACGACAAGAUCCCACUCAUCGUGUACCCCAACUCGGGCGAAAUCUGGGACAACGGCGUCUGGAAGGGCGAAGAGGACUGCGUGCCGCUGGAAACGUACGUGCCGCAAUUUGUCGAGUACGGGGUCAAGUUUGUCGGCGGGUGUUGCCGAACUACGGCGCAGGACAUCAAGCGGAUCAAGAAGACGGUGAUCAACCUGUGCGGCGGACGGAGCACAUAGGACGAGGAGAACGAGGGCGACGAAAGCGAAGCCGCCGCCGCCGAGUCGCCCGAAGCUGCUGGAAAGCUGUGAUGAAUUGUUAUUAUUUGAUAGACAGACAACAUAACUAACACACCAUUUAGGACGAUAAAGCAACCUAAAGUCAGCAAACUAUCGAAGCUAUGCGCACGAAUUGGUAAAGUAUUGCAUCGAGAUAGUAUCCGCAAAGUAUCACAAUUAUUAGAUGUUGCUCUGCAAAACGGAACUUAGUUAGAGACGCUUCUAGGUUCUUUUUUUUCCUGUUUGAUUUUCGAUUGAAUUAAAAAGUAACUAACGACACCCUUUUCGGUCACCAACUGAAGCCUAAUGAACAAUAGUGCCGGUUGUUAGUUGUGCAGCAUUUUUUUUCACGUGAGUUUAGUGACACAUGUCGUCUAGUAGAAAUGAUGAAGAAUAUUAUUUUUGUGAAAUGAAACAGAUGAAAGGGUACAGUAUGUAAAAAAAGUAUUUACACCCCUUGGGCACUAUGCACAUUUUGUGAUGAAACAUGUAAACAAUUUAAUGUUGACAUAAACUUAGUACUACGUUUUGUUCAGAAACUCAUGCCGAACAUUUUGCUGCAAAAAGCUCAUGAAAAGAUGUUUUCUAUAAAAAGUUAUAUAACAAAUACUAUUACAAAAAUAAAAAUGGUGCAAAAAAGUUUGUACACCUUUCGAAAAAUUAACAUAAAUAAAGUUAUUUGUUGACAAAUCACCAUAAAUCCAGUCUCCCAACUCCAAAUAGGCAUCCUUGACUGAUUAAAAAUAUAAUUUGGAUUGAAUAUAAAGUUUACUAAUUACUUAGUAUAAAAGUUUAUAUAACUCUGGAAAUUCUAAAUAAAACUUAUCUAAACUUAAUUUUGCAAACUUUCAAUUUAACUAAAUGUCAAUAUAUUACCAUAGAAUUGCUAAAUAAACAUUCUGGAGUGGGUAUAACACCGUUUUGGGGGUCUUUGUAUCGCUAGAAUAGAUUUUUCGUUGGAAUUUCGUACCAACCCGGAAUUACGUCGUCGGAAAAUCCGCCGACAUUCGAACCGGUCCACAAUUAACAAGUCAACCUAUGUGGCAUCGGAAAGGGCAUAAAAUUUCCGAUCUUUUGAUACCCAGACAUCUAGGUUUUCUAUAAAGCCCACGUUUUUAAAUACCUAGGCAAAAACGUUGUUAUGGUUUCGUUUGAGCAAUCUGCCAAUAAUGUAUGGAAUUUCGUAAUUUUUGUUCUCGUGGAUCAAACUUACUUUUUGCCCAGGUAUUUAAAAACGUGGGUUUUAUAGAAAACCUAGAUGUAUGGGUAUCAAAAGAUCGGAAAUUUUAUGCCCUUUCCGAUGCCACAUAGGUUGACUUGUUAAUUGUGGACCGGUUCGGAUGCCGGCGGAUUUUUCGACGACGUAAUUCCGGGUUGGUACGAAAUUCCAACGAAAAAUCUAUUCUAGCGAUACAAAGACCCCCAAAAUGGUGUUAUACCCACUCCAAAAUGUUUAUUUAGCAAUUCUAUGGUAAUAUAUUGACAUUUAGUUAAAUUGAAAGUUUGCAAAAUAAAGUUUAGAUAAGUUUUAUAUAGAAUUUCCAGAGUUAUAUAAACUUUUAUACUAAGUAAUUAGUAAACUUUAUAAUCAAUCCAAAUUAUUUUUUUAAUCAGUCAAGGAUGCCUAUUUGGAGUUGGGAGACAGGAUUUAUGGUGAUUUGUCAACAAAUAACUUUAAUUAUGUUAAUUUUUCGAAAGGUGUACAAACUUUUUUUGCACCAUUUUUAUUUUUGUAAUAGUAUUUGUUAUAUAACUUUUUAUAGAAAACAUCUUUUCAUGAGCUUUUUGCAGCAAAAUGUUCGGCAUGAGUUUCUGAACAAAACGUAGUACUAGGUUUAUGUCAACAUUAAAUUGUUUACAUGUUUCAUCACAAAAUGUGCAUAGUGCCCAAGGGGUGUAAAUACUUUUUUUACAUACUGUAAAAGGAAAAACAAUAUUUGUAUAUAAGUGAAUGAGCAUAUAUUACCAAUUAAACCAAGAAGUGAAUAUUAAUGCAUAUUUACACACAAACACAAUUCAAGCAUUUGUUGUUCCUGUUUUGUCCUCUCUCUCCGAAUUAUCAAAACUGUUAGUAGUGGAGUAAACACAUUUGCCCAAUAUUUCAUAUCAUAUUAGGUGCAACAAACUCAUCACGAAUACUAGGUACACGCUACUAUAAUGUUUACAAUGGAUUUCAUCGCGUCUUUCUUGAAUGUUUUAGAUAAGUCGGCAAACGAAAAUCGUCCAUCAAAUUAGCUAUUUUCAAACCAAAUUUAAACAAUAUCAUAUUUUCCAACCUGCCCCACGCUUAUCUUCUUCCAGUAGUCAGUCAGUCAGUCACACAGAAGAGAAGAGCAGAUAGCUGAAAUCAAUCGAGGAACUGUGCAAUGUUUUCGUAAUCCACCUGUUCUGUCCCGCCACGACUUAUCUUAUCUUCCAACUACUUCUUAUCUAGUCUGCAUUAGAAAAAGAAACAUGUGUUUGCCUUCAAUAUAUAUGUUCCCUUCAGAAGUAUAUUCCGUUGCCAAACCCCGGUUAUCGGUUGAUUGAAUUAGUAUUCCAAACGAAACCUUAACUUACUUCAAACUCCUCCUUAUCACACACACAAGCCAGAGAGUGAUCUACACGUUAGAUAUAUAUUUAUAAACAUGCAAACGCUGUUUGGGAAUUCAAUUUCAAUUAUUGCAAACACAAAAAAAAAACAAAAACUAAAUAAAUUUAGAAACCAAAACAAUGAGCAUUCAAUCAUUUU